CCGUCCAAAAAUUGGGCUUGAUAUCGAUCCAGCAGUCCAGCCCAAUAAAUCCAAAUUAUCUCCCCUAUCGGGUCCAUAAAUAUCCACUACAAGCCCUCAGACCGCCUCUCUUCAACCUCUCACUACUGCUAGAGUCUUCUUCACCUUAUCUUCAAAAUUCAGCCAUGGCUUCCACAACAUUACCCCUCCAUUUCCUGUCUCUCAGCCCCAAAUCCCUCCCUCUCUCCAAACCCAGUGCCGCCGCCGCCGCCGUUUCAUCGCGCGUGUUCUGUCUCCCCUACUCAUCACCCGUCAAUCGCGCUCUCUCCCUCUCCUGCUCCGUCGCCACGUUCCGGUCUCCCCGCGGUUCCCGCACCGUUCCUCGCGUCGCGUUCGCGGACGAGGUCGAGGAUGCGUUGGAUGACGUCGAGGAAGUGGACGACGUGGAGGGCGACGGCGAGGAUGAAGAUCUCGGCAGCGGCGGUUCCUCCUACUCGUUCUCGAACGAGCCAAGGUUCCCGUCGGAAUUGAGGCUCUUCGUCGGAAACUUGCCGUUUAGUGUUGAAAGUGCUACUCUUGCUAACCUGUUUGGCGAAGUAGGAAAUGUUGAAGUGGCUGAGGUUAUAUAUGACAAGCAAAGUGGAAGAAGCAGAGGAUUUGGGUUUGUGACAAUGUCAACAGUGGAGGAAGCAGAAGCUGCUGUUCAACAAUUGAAUGGAUAUGAACUGGAGGGGAGAGAGUUGAGGGUGAACUCUGGGCCUCCACCACCGAAGAGGGAAAGUUCUUUCAGAGGAUCCAUGGGUGGGGGAAGUGGAAGAUAUGAUAACACUAAUAGGCUUUAUGUGGGGAACCUCUCAUGGGGUGUUGAUGAUGAAGCACUUGAAAACUUGUUCAGUGAGCAAGGGAAGGUGAAAGAAGCCAGAGUUGUGUAUGACAGAGAAAGUGGGAGAUCAAAGGGAUUUGGGUUUGUUACUUACACUUCCGCAGAGGAGGUCAACAAUGCUAUCGAGUCAUUGGAUGGAGCUGACCUAAAUGGCCGACCAAUCCGUGUAAGUGUUGCUGAAUCCCGCCCCAGACAGUUCUGAAAUUGUCAGCCGUCAACCAUGAUUUUCAGAUUACUAGGUACGAGAAUGAGAAGCCGGGGACAGAUGUGGAAGAGGACUUUGGAUGUUUUGCAGAGGCUGUUGUAUCCAACACAAGUUUGAAAGAGCAACUAUAAUGUGACCAAUAUUACUUUCAAUGUAUUUUCCUCUCUAGAGUUUGUCUGAAACAUUUAUUGCCAUAUGUGUAUUGAAUGUGUAUUGACAUUGAAGUUGUUUGAUCCAUUCCGUUUCUCCUUUUGAAUAUUGGGCAGUGUUUUAAAAUUCGGCCUGCCCUUGCCCGGGUUGAAUCGAAUGUAUAAUCCCAUGUAUGUGGGUUAUGUUCGAUCAAUGGCGCUCUCUCUUAUUUUCCAACACUCAAUAGUGAGACAUUUUCAAUUACUUAGAAAGUCAAUUAAGUGAGGAACGAGGUAGGCUCUAGUAAGUAAAUAGUGAGCCUACCU